AUGGCAGCGGACGGCAACUGCUUGUUCCGCGCCGUGGCCCACCAGGUGCUGGGGGAUGCUGCCUUUCAUCGCGACCUCCGCCACCUGUGCCUUGACUACAUGGUGGGUGUGUGGGGGAUGGUGGGUGUGUGGGUGUGUGUAGGGGGUUGGAAGGUUUGGUGGGUGUGUGCGGGCGGGGGUUGGGUGCGACUGCAACCUCCGGCACCUCUCUGCCGUGACGAGAAGGAGCGGGACCAUUUCAGCCAGUUCGUGACAGAGAGCUUCAGCGCCUACUGCAAACGGAAGAGGCGCGAUAAGGUGCAUGGUAACAACCUCGAGCUGCAAGCUCUAGCGGAGCUCUUCAACCGCCCCAUCCACAUCUUCUGCUACUCCACAGAGCCAGUCAACAUCUUCCAGACAGCGUACGACUCGUCGCUGCCGCCCAUCCGUUUGUCAUACCACCGGCGCCGCCACUACAACUCGCUCGUCAACCCCUCUCAGCCCAACACCGGCGUGGGGCUGGGGCUCAGCGCGCUGCAGCCUCCAAGCCUACAUUUGCACCUAACCGCACCACAGCAGGGCGGGCAGGUGCCGCCAUCUGCAGUGAAGCAGGCGAUGCAGGAGCAGCAGGAUGCAGUGGUGGAGCAGGCACUGGUGUGCGAGGCACAGGCGUGCUCCGACCGCCAGCUCACAGAAGAGGCUCUCGAGCUCGCUGUUAUGGAGGCCAGCUAUAGGGAGUACGUGCAACGGCAGCAGCAGCAGCAGCAGCAGCAGCAGAGGGGCGUUGCUGUAUACUCACCAGGUUACGUUCGGCCGCUUCGCCCGGUUCCAUUCCAUCCUCCACCAGCCCCCAGUGCUCUGACUGCUCCUGCUGCCCGCACGUUCAUCCUUUCUUCUUCCUCUGAACUGCAAUUCCCAUCAUCAUCGUCGUCCUCCUCCUCCUCCCUCCGACCUUCUGCUGCUGCUGCCUGCGGUAAGUGCCUUGUGCUUGCAGCCUGGUGA